AUGAUAUCUUGCGCCUAUGCACUUCUUUUCUCGAACGAGGGAUAUUUAUAUGGUCCCUCAUCAUUUAGUAACUUGCGUCUAAAUCAGCCAGAAGAGACGCCAAAAGUUAGUGCUCUGCAUAGUCUAGUUAUUCUUGGAGAUGGGUUUAGAAACUCGUUCUAUGGUGCCUACGAAUUUCCUUCUGAUGGCCAAUUCCCCAUACCCGACGCAAAAUUCGGCAUAGCUAAAACCCAAGAUAAAAGUCAUCGUUCCGACACUAAAGUAGUUGCUUACUGCUCACCCACCCUAUCCUCUAUGGAAAUAAUCGAAAAAACCUACUGCUCAGAAUCACGAACUAUGCUGCAACCAGAGAGCCAUUGUUUGGAUGAGAUUUACGAAGAUCAGCGUCAAAUAUUGAAAAAUUCACCAACACCGCCAAGAGAACUUGCACAAAACGACAAAUGUUCAAGUCGCGAUAUCAUCAGUCUAGCUCAUCGCGGCUUAAUAUCGAUAGCUGGAGUAUAUAGUACCAUGGUCCCAACUCAUAAAAAUAAUAUUCCCAGAGUUUAUCUAAAAGGCACGGUGGCUCUGGAAGAGAUUUUGACACGUAAUGAAAUCGUUGGGUCAUACCAAAAUGAUAAGAUGACAAUGGCACUCGUUUGGUACUUUGGUCACCUUCAUCUUUUUCAAAAAGAUCGUGGGACUAGCAUAUGGUGGCCCAAGACGAAGAUUGAGGUUGAAAACAGCAACGGUGCGAUGAUUAUAAACUUUAUGCGUCACCGAAUGAAAAUAUUUAAAGAGCUGGAUAAUAGAAUCGCAAGGUAUGGCUUGGCGCCUAAUGCAGUUGAUUGUUUUCCGUUUACACGCUGCACCCUCUUUGAAAUGAAAAAGAAGACUGAGCGAGAUAUGGCCGAAAUCCGUCAACUGGGAAUUGAAAAUCAAAGUGAUGCAUACUAUAAUUUCUUAUAUACCCGUUAUUGA